UGGGCGGGGCUACUGUGGUGUCACGUGAUAAGCAGAGACACCUGAACAGUGCAGUCACAAGCGAUGGGUGCCAUAAGUCUUACGGAGCGCAAUCAGACAACAUGUGAAAAGGAAAGCAAGCAGUUCGCGAAAUAUCAACAGAAGAUUAGAAGGCUGCAUUUAAAAAUAUCUUAACAGGCAAUUUUAUCGUGUAUCGUAUCAUAGCCGUAACUGUGCAAUCAGUAAAUUCUAAAUUUAGCGUACAUGGGCUUUUGGGAAAUGUAUACCCUUUUUAUUUCAAGGAUCUAUAAAAAGGAAUGUGCGCCGAACACGAAUCAGACGACGGUUUCCCUCUACCUGGAGAAGGAAGGACUUGUUUUGUACCUGGUAUUUCUCAAGAUGCUGCCAGCAGUCGACGAAAAGUCUGCCGAAUCCGGCGUGACUGUCAUCACAGAUAGUGGAUCGUUUCGACGUGACAGGGCCGAGAUCAAGGCGUCGUACAAGAAGUACAUCAUUGUUGCUGUUGCUGUCGUUGUUGUUGUUGCUGUUGCUAUCGGUGGAAUAUUGGGGGCAGUUCACAUCUCUAACAAGGCAGCACAGGGUGUGUGGAAGGAGUACAAUCUCCGUUUAACCGACAAACAAGGGAAGAAAGUUGACGAAAAAGUUCAGGUUGAUCUGAAGGACAACAUCACCGUGUACAACGUGAACAACGAGAAGUUCCACGUCGCCAUGGACAACUCGAGAAGUCUGGUAGUAUACAAGAUGGAAAUGAAUGACAAGUUUGCUUGUUACUUGACUCCAAUGAACAAAUCUGAAGAGACUGACAGUAAGGACGUGGCCAACGCUUUGGAACAACCGAACACCUUCGAAAAUACGACAAAUGAAGAUAAUGAACAAAAACAAUUCGUUGCCAACACCUCCCCGAUCAAGAACAAGUCCUUGCUAAGUCCCAGGAUGCAGGAAUUCUGCAGGAAUCUGGAGGCAUACUGGCUUACUCAGAAGGACGGCAACAUUGUAGAUGGCGGCAGCACCCAAACCCCGGCAGGAGGUAAACGCCAGAAGCGAGCUUGCGUCCGGAUACGCUACAUAUGCUGGGUUCGAAUAAGGAUAUGUAUUAGGGUCAGGAUCGGUCUUUUUCGGUGGUAUUGCCGUUAUAGGUAUACAUACGUUUUAAGAUACUGUUAUAGGUACAGAUGCUUUGGUAAAUAAACGUUGCUGCGAAGCAUUUGUUUAUCUCAAAGAUUAUUGCAAAGCGUGAUAAGUCAACUUUAAAAACUUCCCGCGGCCGUGUGUAUCCAAGAAUAUUUUGAGAACCAUAAAUGAAAGAGGAUUAUAUGCUAUAGGAACCACAAUUUAUAUGAUACAGGAACCACAUGGUAUUAGUACAGAAUGACAUUUCAGAUAAGUACCCGCCCGAGUUCUCAAUCAGCCACCCCAGUUUUGUUUUGUUUUGUUGUUCAAUAAUACCCAUGUAUACAUUUUUGUGUGCAAACUAGCAUAACAACAACAGUGAAAUCAGUAUCCCAGAUAAUUGAAAGUUAUGCAUCACUUAUUCUGAUAUAUAUAUAUAUAUAUAUAUAUAUAUAUAUAUAUAUAUAUAUAUAUAUAUAUAUAUAUAUAAUUUAGUUAUUCUUCUGUUAGCAGAGCUUCUAUUACUAUUUGUUUGUAAUUGAAAAGAUUUAGCAGGGUCUGACAUUUUGGUGAAAUGUUCUUUUUUGGAUUUGCAUCUUUUUACGGAAUCAAAAAACAUAUAUGUUAAAAAUCGGCCUUAAACGUUUUUCAUUAACUCUGAUAUGAUGGUUAAAAAAAGUAAAUGGUAAAAAUGGUACUAGAACAGAAUGGCGUUUAAGAAAAUCCCUUUUGCAGUUCUUACUCAGGGCCCUGGUUUUUUAUUGAUAAGUUUCACGUAUGCAUUUUGUAUGAUUACUCUUAUGUCGGCAACAGUUAAAAUUAUUAUCCUAGGUUAUUGUUAGUUAUAGAUCUUUUAGCUGUGAUUUCUUUGCCUUGUUGUUUGCUUUGUUUUCGAAAAAUGAAUAAAAGACUCUACCUGA